CCAAAAGCAGCUUUUAUAGUACCACUCUUUGGAAAAGCAGGAUGCUCGUUUAGUAUUCACCCCAGAUUCGGCAACGGUAUCAUCAAUCAUGCGAAAUAAAGUGCGCCAACGAGCUUGUCUUCAAUCAGGCAAGCCCGCAACGCCAACCCGCCUCAUUGUACCAACACCUUGACGAUGAAUGACCAUGGCUUGCAGAACAGCAUAUGGGCUCCCCAAGGUAGGGACUCUUUCAGGCGCGUUGGGGACUGGAUCUGCCCAUCUUGUGGAUUCUCCAACUUCACAUGGCGGAAGGUGUGCUUUCGAUGCUCCCCAGGUCCUCAGGCCACUGGCCUACCAGCAAACGGGCAUCUGCAGACAUCCGCAGACCAUACAAAUCACAUCUCGACCUCUUACAACGAAAACCAUCUCCUGCAGCCUCCAGAAAGCCGCCCCGAUACGAUCCAUCCCACCCAGAAAGAGCCCGGGCUGUCCACAAGUCGAUGGGCACCUCGAAAUUUCCGUGGGAGACCGAAGGCCGAUGAAGUAUGGACUAGGAUUGUUCCCAACCCUCACCGAGCAUCAACCCCGAAACCUCCUGACCUAGGUCUCCCGUAUGAAGUCCAGCAUUAUAUCCUCGCGAUGAUGCAAAGAAUAAUCGAAGAAGCAUGUUUCGAUCUUGCGUCUAGAUGGAUACCACAGAAGUUGAGGGACAACAGGUGGGAUUGCCCGGAAGCUGUCGAGCUGUCGACGUGGAGGGAUACCCUUCCAGCUGCACUGCCACCCAACGCCAUUGUUCCACACCUAUCAUGUUCUCUCGAGAGGGCAUUAGCAGAUGCUGUCCAGAUUCGAAAUGCUGCGGUUCAUAGACAUUUAUGUGACAACACUGAGAUACAGAGGAUGGUGAUGAAGGCUCAGGACGUAAUGUCCAUGUUCGCGGAUGUCACAAGGAGGAAUAAGUUCCACAGAUUGUGGGUAGAGUUGAACAAUUGGGAUCAGAGCAGAGAUCCGCAGGCUGCAAAGGAAACGUUGCUCUUGGCUUUGCAGGAGAUCAGUGAGCGGCCGGUAGAUGAUAUGGACUGGAGCCCAAAUAGCGUGUCACUGCAGGAGAUCACUGAUCUUGGGGACGUGCAUCGUCAUGGGGAAGACCAGUAUCACGGAGAAGCAAUGGAUUUGGAUUAACGGAAGUUGGCUUUUGGCUACUUGUGUUGAACACGUUCCUGCCUUGGCUGGGGGUCCUGACAUUGGUGGUGUUGUUCUUCUAGAAAUGGAAUAGCCCUAGUACUCCCAAGACAUUUCCAUCAUCUCCUGCGGGGAACAGAAAAAUAUGGAGAAGUGGUUCGCUGAGAUAUUUCCACGGAUGCUCCCAAUAAAUCACGCACCCAGGUCACCCAUCCAACUUUUUCUUGCCCACGAACCACUCAAUCCACAUAUGGAUGAUGAUCAAUACUCCAGUGCAAC